AUGAGUUUCAUUCUUUACACAGGUAAGCCUGACAAACAGGAACACGGCUUUUGUACUAAUAUUGUUCUUGAUUUAUGUGCAACUGUACCACGAGCCAUCAAUCAUAAAGUUUAUUGUGAUAAUUAUUUCACAACGAUUCGAUUACAAGUUGAACUGGAAAAAUUAGGCAUAUAUACUGUUGGAACGGUAAGACCUAACCGAUUAACUGAUUUAACAAUGAAAAAUAAGAAAGAAUUGUCAAGUAAAGGUCGAGGUGCAAUGGACCAUCGUAUCGCUGAAGUUGAUGGCGUAACACUAUGCGUGACUAGAUGGUAUGACAACAAUGUUGUCAAUUGUCUGUCAACAUUACACGGCUGUGAGUCACUCGAUUCUGUUAAACGAUGGUCUUCGCAACCAAAAAACGUAUACAUAUUGUAA